AUGUUGGACAAGUUUGUCCUUGGAGCUUUCUUUGCCACCCUCAACGGGAUUGGCCUUUACCAAUCCAUCCCUCUCACUGGGAUCACUCCCACCAACAAGGUAUGGUGGCGCAGUCUCAGCUCUCUCGAGAUCGUGUGGUCCAUCCACAGCCUCCGCAAGGUCCACCCAUACGUCUUCCCCGAGGAUGAUGCCGUCUCCAACAGAGACGUGUUCCUGCAGUACUCCACCAGCCUCGAAGAAUACGAGAACGCCAGGCUAGCCCUGGAGAGAUCGAUCGAGGCAGGUUCGGAGUACAGCAACAUCCCAGGGGUCACUUCCGCAACCCUCUCACCCAGUCCCACCGCAGAACCCACGUACAUCUACGUGGACGAACACUCCACCAUGGAGCGUUAUCCGCAGGUCGAAUCGUACCAAGAAUCCUUGACAAACAUGUUCUUUUUCGUCAUGCUGAUGGCUCUUCUCGUCUUCAAUCUGAUGAUGCAGUUCUUCAACUACGCGACAGCGAAGAGCACCAACCAAUACGUCGAAGACCUGCACUUCGGGAUUCACAAGCAGAUGAUGAACAUCGGGCUCGGGCUUGGAGACUUGCAAAGACAGAUCGACGAGUUUCGCCCCGUCAUCAUUUGGCUGGAGCACACCAUUCGGUCAUGUACGACCGAUAUGCAACGGUGCCUGGUCCAUGUAAUGGGCGUGAUGGAAGAGAAGUACAACUCGAGCAUGGUUGUGAUCGAGAGCAAACUCGACCAGGUCAGUGAAACACAGGAGAGCUUAAGAAGCAAACUCGACGAGGUUAGUGAAACGCAUGAGCGCUUGAUGAAAAAUACUGAGAAAAUCGAUCAGAUUCCAAAGCAACUGGCCUGGCUAAACCUUUUAAUCGCAAAGACCAUGGAUGACGCUGCAUCCGAAGCCAACCCCAACGGCGGGCCCAGCUCCAACGGCCGGCCCAACUCCAGCGGCGGGCCCAGCUCCAACGGCCGGCCCAGCUUCAACAGCCGGCCCAACUCCAGCGGCGAGCCCAGCUCCAACGGCGGGCCCAGCUCCAACAGCCGGCCCAACUCCAGCGGCGAGCCCAGCUCCAACGGCCGGCCCAACUCCAGCGGCGGGCCCAGCUCCAACGGCCGGCCCAACUCCAACGGCCGGUCCUCUGGGCCUCAAACCCCCAAUACCGACAGGAGGGUCAGCAUCAGCCACAGGUGGAAGGGGAAGCAUCCGCAGCCUUGA